AGGCUGAGGCGCUGCUGCCCGAGCGCGGGAUCCGAGACGUGGCUCCCGGGCGGAAGAAACAUGUUGGACUUCGCGAUCUUCGCCGUUACCUUCCUGCUGGCGUUGGUGGCAGCGGUGCUCUACCUCUACCCGGCUUCUAGACAAGCUGCUGGAAUUCCAGGGAUUACUCCAACUGAAGAAAAGGAUGGUAAUCUUCCAGAUAUUGUGAACAGUGGAAGUUUGCACGAGUUCCUGGUUAAUUUGCAUGAGAGAUAUGGGCCUGUGGUCUCUUUCUGGUUUGGCAGGCGCCUUGUGGUUAGUUUGGGCACCGUUGAUGUACUGAAGCAGCAUAUCAACCCCAAUAAGACUUCGGACCCUUUUGAAACCAUGCUUAAGUCACUAUUAAGAUAUCAAUCUGGUGGUGCAAAUGUGAAUGAAAACCGCAAGAGGAAAAAAUUAUAUGAAAAUAGUGUGACUGAUUCUCUGCAGAGUAAUUUUGCUCUCCUGCUAAAGCUUUCAGAAGAAUUAUUAGAUAAAUGGCUCUCCUACCCAGAGUCCCAGCAUGUACCCCUCUGCCAGCAUAUGCUUGGUUUUGCUAUGAAGUCUGUUACACAGAUGGUAAUGGGUAGUACAUUUGAAGAUGACCAGGAAGUCAUUCACUUCCAGAAGAAUCAUGGCACAGUUUGGUCUGAGAUUGGCAAAGGCUUUUUAGAUGGAUCACUUGAUAAAAGUACAACUCGGAAAAAACAAUAUGAAGAUGCUCUUAUGCAACUGGAAUCUAUUUUAAAGAAAAUCAUAAAAGAACGAAGAGGAGGGAACUUUCACCAACAUAUUUUCAUUGACUCCUUAGUACAGGGAAACCUCAAUGACCAACAGAUCCUUGAAGACAGUAUGAUAUUUUCUCUGGCCAGUUGUGUAAUAACUGCAAAAUUGUGCACCUGGGCAAUCUGUUUUUUAACCACCUCUGAAGAGGUUCAGAAAAAACUUUAUGAAGAGAUAGACCAAGUUUUUGGGAAGGAUCCUAUUACUCCAGAGAAAAUUGAGCAGCUCAGAUAUUGUCGGCAAGUACUUUGUGAAACUGUUCGGACUGCCAAACUGACCCCAGUUUCUGCCCGGCUUCAAGAUAUUGAAGGAAAGAUUGACAAAUUUAUUAUUCCUAGAGAGACCCUUGUUCUUUAUGCUCUUGGUGUGGUACUUCAGGAUCCCGAUACUUGGCCAUCACCACGCAAAUUUGAUCCAGACCGGUUUGAUGAUGAAUUGACGAUGAAAACUUUUUCCUUGCUUGGAUUCUCAGGCACACAGGAGUGCCCAGAAUUGAGGUUUGCAUAUAUGGUGACCACAGUACUUCUGAGUGUAUUGGUGAGGAGGCUACACCUACUUUCCGUGGAGGGACAACUUAUUGAAACUAAGUAUGAACUGGUAACUUCAUCCAAGGAAGAAGCUUGGAUCACUGUCUCAAAAAGAUAUUAAAACUUUAUACAUUUAACUUUCUUGAGGAAAAUGAUGAUUUAAAAAAUCUGUAUUGGAUCCUUUUAUAAAUCAAGUAAUACUAUGGAAUAUAAAUACCUACUAGUACUUUGUUAUGUAAAUUUGGACUUUUGCAUAUCAAAUUUUCUUAAUGCAUGAUAUACAUUUAUACUUAUUGCAUCAAUAUAAUGAUAACUUUAACAGGAAGCUCUCUUUUAAUUUUUGUUUUAUCACUUUUGUUAUUGUUUUUUGGUUUUUGUUUUGUUUUGUUUUAUCACUUUCUAUGCCAUUAUCUUCAUAUUAUUUUUCUUAGUUUAAGCUCUAAUGUACUUCAAAGGAGACAUUAUUUUGCACACUUUGGGGAAUCAUGUUUUCUGAAUAUUCAUAAAAGGGAAACAUAAUCCUAACUUCUUUUCAUACUUUAAAUCAUUUUAAAGGGGGAAAACAAGGACUUCCCAUAAUUUUAUUUCUUGGAUAAUUUUAUUUCUUGGAUUAAUAUUUUUAUUUUCUGAGUACAAAUUAGUUUAUGUUUAAUCAUUGCUAUUAGGUUGAAUGAUCUACCUAGUAUUUGCUUCCUUGUAUGCCUCCCAGAUAAUAGUGUUCAUUUCAUGACUUAUACAAGGCUCAUCAUUUUGAAUGCUUCGAGUCAUUUGGAAACUACUGAAUGUGUGUUGAAGGGGUCCUUCUAAGAAGUGACAAACUAAGAUUGAGGCUCGCCUUUCCUUCUGUUUUGCUGGAAAUUUUAGUAGCACUAUAUUACUUCACAAAUUCUCAUUUGUGGGAAAAACGGAAUUCCUAAUCUCUUAUUAUUAUGUCAUAUUAUAUCACAUAAUGAACUUAAUGAUUAAGAAACAAGAAAGCACUAGCCAAAAACCAAAACCAAAUUUAAAAUAAAAGAAAACAAACAUUACGAAACAUAUGACAGGGAUAAUAUCCAUAUGAUGUAUAAAUAGCUUGAAUAAAUUGGUAAGAAAAUAUAAUAGAUAAAUGGCCAAAAGACAUGAAUAAACAAAUUUUAGAGGAGGAAGUAGCUGUUCAACUUUUAGAAAAAAUGGUCAGCCUCACUAGUAAGCAAAGAAAUAUUGGGGCUAUUUUAAAAAUAUUUUUAAGUGUCUUUGAAAAUUUACACUGAGUACUGAUAAGUUUUAUAUUUAAUACUUUUUUAUUGAUAGCACUGUAGUUUAGUCCACUUUUUCUGGUUACAUUGUUCUUGAAGAAAUUUUUUUUUUUAAGACAACAACUGGAGGAAAUAUGCCAAGUGCAGAUAGAGAGGAAAGGAAGAAAAAUGAUAACUGUUUGCAAGUGGGUUUAUUUUUGACACUGCUGAAUUCCUCUUAUAAUUUUAGUUUCAAGAUUGUACCCUAGUUAUUGAGUUAUUUUAUGUUGUGUUUAUGGUCAGAUAGGCUAACAUUUUAGAACUAGUUAGGAGUGGCUAAGAUAGAAUUUAAGUAAUUAGAUGCAGCUUUUAUUUCUGACAAAAAUAUUUAAUUUAUGGAAUAAUUUAAAUUCUAAAACUGUAAGUGAAAUGUAUUCUUAGUUCCCAGCAUCACGUUGUUUCCAAAAAGGCACACUGUUAAAUUUCCUCCCAUCAUUUUGUGUGGUUUUGUGUAUGUAGAGCAUCUUCCUUUGUUAUCCAAGUACCUUAAUUGGUUUGGAAACUGGCAGUGGAAAGUUAGAAUAGGCACUUGAUAUGUAAACCAAGUGUCAGUAAAAUUAGAUGAGAUAAGUGGAAUUUUAAAGCAAGUGAGACCUGAUCAGCAGUGAUCAAGGCGUAAACAGGGCAGCUGAGCCAGAGAGUGAGGGAAUUGGCAUAUUGCCAAUAUAUAAAGAGCAUCAGAUAAAUAAGCACAUUUUAUCCAUGGUUACGUGACUGAUUUAAAACAUUAUACAUAAAUUCUAGAGGAUUUUUUAAAAAUAAAAAUACUGUCAAUCCA